GGAAGGAGGGAGGACAGGGGGCGCGGAGUCAGAGUGGCGCAGCAAGUAGCGGCAGGCGGCGGUGUGGGCGGCAGGGGUUGGGGGUGAGGUGGUUCCCUGUGGCGGACGCGGCCCGAGGGGGCCAAGAGACACCCCGGCUGCCACCCGGCCUGCUGGCCCUGGGGCCGGAGUCCCCGCCCGGGGACAUGGACCUCAACCGGAUCAUCCAGGCGCUGAAGGGCACCAUAGAUCCGAAGCUGAGGAUUGCGGCCGAGACUGAGCUUAACCAGUCCUACAAGAUUAUUAAUUUUGCCCCCAGCUUGCUUCAGAUCAUAGUCUCCGACCAUGUGGAGUUCCCAGUUCGUCAGGCAGCUGCCAUCUACCUGAAGAACAUGGUGACACAGUACUGGCCGGACAGGGAGCCUCCACCAGGAGAAGCGAUAUUUCCAUUCAAUAUCCACGAGAAUGACCGACAGCAAAUACGGGACAGCAUUGUGGAGGGGAUUAUUCGGUCCCCUGAUCUGGUGAGAGUCCAGUUAACAAUGUGUCUCCGAGUCAUCAUCAGACAUGAUUUUCCUGGCCACUGGCCUGCAGUGGUCGACAAGAUAGACUACUACUUGCAGUCACCAAACAGUGGGAGCUGGCUUGGCAGUUUGCUAUGCCUGUAUCAGCUGGUGAAGACCUAUGAAUACAAGAAAGCAGAGGAAAGAGAGCCUCUCCUGGCAGCCAUGCAGAUAUUUCUGCCGCGAAUUCAGCAGCAAAUCCUGCAGUUACUUCCUGAUGCCUCCCAUUACUCUGUGUUGCUGCAGAAACAGAUUCUGAAAAUCUUCUACGCUCUCGUUCAGUAUGCGCUGCCUCUUCAGCUGGUCAAUCACCAGACCAUGACAACGUGGAUGGAGAUCUUUCGGACCAUCAUUGACAGGGCGGUCCCUCCGGAGACUCUUCAGAUUGAUGAGGACGACCGGCCAGAGCUGGUGUGGUGGAAGUGUAAGAAGUGGGCACUGCACAUCGUCGCCCGUCUCUUUGAGCGGUAUGGAAGCCCGGGAAAUGUCACGAAAGAAUACUUUGAAUUUUCUGAAUUUUUUUUGAAAACCUAUGCAGUAGGAAUUCAGCAGGUACUACUAAAAAUUUUAGACCAGUACAGGCAGAAAGAAUAUAUAGCCCCUCGUGUUCUACAGCAAGCAUUCAACUAUCUCAACCAAGGGGUUGUCCAUGCUGUGACCUGGAAGCAGAUGAAGCCACAUAUACAGAAUAUCUCUGAAGAUGUGAUUUUUUCUGUGAUGUGUUACAAAGAUGAGGAUGAAGAGUUGUGGCAAGAAGAUCCAUAUGAAUACAUAAGGAUGAAGUUUGAUAUUUUUGAAGAUUAUGCUUCCCCCACCACUGCAGCCCAAAACCUCUUGUACACAGCUGCGAAGAAAAGGAAAGAGGUGUUGCCAAAAAUGAUGGCGUUCUGUUAUCAGAUACUAACAGACCCGAACUUUGACCCUAGGAAGAAAGAUGGAGCUCUGCAUGUGAUUGGUUCCCUGGCUGAGAUUUUGUUGAAGAAGAGUUUAUUCAAGGACCAAAUCGAGCUGUUCCUACAGAAUCAUGUAUUUCCGUUACUGUUGUCUAACCUGGGAUAUCUUCGAGCUAGGUCCUGCUGGGUGCUGCAUGCAUUUAGCUCCCUGAAGUUUCACAAUGAGCUCAACCUCAGAAAUGCAGUUGAAUUAGCAAAGAAGAGCCUGAUUGAAGACGAGGAGAUGCCAGUCAAGGUGGAAGCUGCCCUUGCGCUGCAGUCACUGAUCUCUAACCAGACUCAAGCCAAGGAGCACAUGAGACCGCACGUGAGGGCCAUCAUGCAGGAGCUGCUGCACAUCGUCAGGGAGACGGAGAACGACGAUGUCACCAACGUCAUCCAGAAGAUGAUAUGUGAGUACAGUCAGGAGGUGGCCUCCAUCGCUGUCGACACAACCCAGCACUUGGCUGAGAUAUUUGGUAAAGUUCUCCAAAGUGAAGAGUAUGAAGAAGUCGAAGACAAAACUGUCAUGGCCAUGGGAAUUUUACAUACGAUCGACACUAUCUUAACAGUUGUGGAAGAUCAUCAGGAGAUCACCCAGCAGUUGGAGAACAUCUGUCUGAGAAUCAUCGAUCUUGUUUUACAGAAGCAUGUCAUUGAAUUCUAUGAGGAAAUCCUUUCCCUGGCCUACAGUUUAACCUGCCAUGCCAUCUCCCCACAGAUGUGGCAUCUCCUGGGCAUUUUAUACGAAGUUUUCCAGCAGGAUUGCUUCGAGUAUUUCACAGACAUGAUGCCUCUCCUGCAUAAUUAUGUGACAGUAGACACCAACACGUUGCUGUCCAAUCCAAAGCACUUAGAAGUCUUGUUCACUAUGUGCAGGAAGGUACUGUGUGGAGAGGCAGGAGAGGACGCGGAGUGCCAUGCUGCCAAACUCCUGGAAGUCAUCAUUCUUCAGUGCAAAGGAAGGGGAAUUGAUCAGUGUAUCCCACUGUUUGUUCAAGUUGUCUUGGAGAGAUUGACCCGUGGGGUCAAGACCAGUGAGCUGCGUACAAUGUGUCUUCAGGUGGCGAUCGCUGCUCUUUACUACAACCCCGAGCUGCUGCUCCAUACCCUGGAGCAGGUGCAGCUGCCACACAACCCAGGCCCUGUCACCUCGCAGUUCAUAAACCAGUGGAUGAACGACACCGAUUACUUCCUUGGACACCAUGACCGGAAGAUGUGUAUAAUAGGGCUGAGCAUCCUCUUGGAACUGCAGAACCGACCUCCUGCUUUGGACGCCGUGGCUGCACAGAUCCUGCCUUCCAUUCUCUUCCUGUUCCUUGGCCUGAAGCAGGUCUGUGCUACACGGCAACUGGUAAACCGCGAAGAUCCCUCAAAAGCAGAGAAAGCCGACAUGGAGGAAAGUGAGGAGAUUUCCAGUGAGGAGGAGGAGGAGACAAGUGUUACUGCGCAAGCUAUGCAGGCACACAAUGGCAGAGGCGAAGAGGAAGACGAGGAUGAUUGGGAUGAAGAAGUUCUGGAGGAGACAGCCCUCGAGGGCUUCAGCACCCCAUUGGACCUUGACAACAGCGUGGAUGAAUACCAGUUUUUUACACAGGCUCUACUGACUGUGCAGAAUCGGGAUGCUGCCUGGUAUCAGCUGUUGGUGGCACCACUCAGCGAGGAUCAGAAGAGAAAGCUUCAGGAGGUGUACACAGUGGCAGAGCACCGAAGGACGAUGGCAGUUCUUGGCCACCUUGAUUUUGGGCCUCUGCAGGGAGGCUUCACAUUUGAGGACGAGGACGCCUUCUCUGCGUUUAACUUUGGGGUUGUGCCCAGCAACAACUGAAAGGCGCCUCCACCGUUCACCGACCAUCAUCACCGUUGCUGCGUAUUUCACAGGAUGCGUGUGGGCCACGAGGGAGACGAGGGGCUGUGUCAUCGGCAUCAGGCAGCCGUGGACUCGCUCACACCCUUCCCUUGUCCCUUCUAACCUGGAAUAUGUAUUUUUCAACAGCUACUGUAAUGUACGAAAUUAAAAAAAAAGCAGAACCAUUGAUCAGAAAGGACAAAGAAUCUGCUGUGAAGGCUGAGCGCUAAGGGGUUAGAAUUAGGUAUAUCGAUCAGCGCAUGCGCCUCAGGUUUUUGCCAUGCAGAAUCAGUGGAUUUAUGCGGAUAACAGUGCCUUCUGUUGUACAUGAAUUAUCAGAAAUUUUUUUGGAGUGCGUUGCAAUUUUUUUAAGUCACAAAACAUAUUUCUAGAUAACCUGUAAACCUUGGUUAUAUGUUAUUUCAGUCUGCAUUUUACUCUGCACUGACAGGCUAAAUUUAGUGCAAGUCUCACUCUGGUUUCAGAAACGUCCCUGCCCCUUUUGGCCACCCUUCGCCCAGAGGCUUUCUUCAAGGUUGGAGCUUAGGCAGUGGCUUUGGUUUUCCAUAAGGCAUCCACGGCUUUCCUGAGAUCUGUUGUAUAUUCCCUUUCUUGUCACAUUUUUCCCUCUUGAAUGGGGUGAUGUUUCUUUCAGGAUCACAAAUGUAUCGAUUACAUUGUAACCUGCUAAAUUCAGGCUUGGCAGCCGGCAGCAAAAGCCAGUUAGUCACAGUUAGUUCACUGGGCUUAGCAGCUGAGCAAGACUGAAGUUCUUAGGAAUCAUGUGUUUAAUUAUGCUGCAGGGGUUGGGAGCAUCCAAAUACGAAGGCACAGUGAUGGUCAAAGCAGACGGCCAUUACUCUGUGGGGACUUGGUGAGCAGUAACUUACCAUUCCAGCCAUGUAGGACAGGGCCCAAAGCAUUUUCUAAUUUUUCUUUUUUUCUCCUUCAGGCAGGCCUCAAAGUUUCAGUCCUCUCGACUCAACUCUGACUGCUGUUAACACACCCAGCUGAUUUUUUAAACUUUUUUUUAAGUCGGGGUCUUGCUACCCAGUUCUGGCUGGACUGUAAUUCUCUUUGCAGUCUGGUCUGGCCUCAGACUUGUGGUCUUCCUGCUUCCGCCUCCAAGGGGUUGGAGUUAUGGCCACUACAGAUGAUUCCAUUUAGUAAAAAGACCCAAUAGAUCUAGCAGCCUGCUUUCUCACAGUCUGAAAUUCCUCCAGCCUGAUUAGGGUUGUUCUUUAUUGUGGCUCAGUUGAGUUUUUAAAAUUCUCCAAGGGUUGGCCUCUUGAUCAGCUGGGUGUAUAGGUGAAUGAUGUCAGUAUUGCAUAUGAAUUCUCCUCAACUGUUCAAAAGCAGAACAUGAACCACAGAGCUUUCAUUUAGCAAAAUGGAAAUAUAUCAUCAGGACUUGAUGUAUUUCUGGAUGUGAUACCAUUUUGUUUCCGUGAAAUACAUGCAGUUUAAAUUUACAUCAGCAAACUGGCAGAAUUUUCUAGGUGCUUCCUGAAUUACCAACCCUUACUUACUCUUUGUUAAAAAAAAAAAAAAAAAAAAAAGAAUUAGGUUAUUUAAUUUUUCUUUUCCCAGAAGUAUCUUGUUGAGAAGCCAUAUGUUUCAAAGUGAAAUGACCCUGUAUUUUUCCAUCCCUCACUUUAUUCAGGGCACAAAGCUGUAUGACUCCUUAGCAGUCAGAAGGAAAAGAUUGCAUUGUGGGGGAUUUUAGAUCUUUGAAAUAGUUUGGUUUCUCUCAUGUGUCAUACGGUUUAACUACAACAUAGGUAAUAAGCCUUCACACUGGAUCCCCGGGGGUGUGGGUUUUAGAGAUGUUACUUUGUGGUGAAUUGUCAUCUACAGUAUUAAAGGGAAGACAUACUCCUGCACACCACCACACCUUGUUUUUGAAGCCAGAGUCAUUGUAUGAUUUUAUUACCAGAAGUGCUAACCGGAAUGUGAUCUGGUUACUUUGGAAAUGCAGGAACUUAUAUGAAUGUACUGUAUAAUAAAAUGUGGGCUAAUCCCCAGGAAUUGAA